AGUCAUGAAGAAACUUGUUCCAGAUGCUCGGGGAAUUUUUAGGAUACCACCGUUCUACUAUCUACACAUACUUGACCAAAGUAGUAACAUCACAAAGGUCCUUACUGGCCCAACAACUUUUGUUAGACAAGACAAUGAAGAAGUUGUCGAGGGACCAGAAAAAAUGGUUACAGUGCCACCAAACCAUUACUGUGUGAUUCGUCAUCCAGUCAUUAGAGACUCUGCUGGAGAAGUUGUCCUUGAAUCAUCUGGACAGGUGAAACUAAGACACGGCGACUUUGAAGUGAGGCUGACAGGUGAACCCUUCCCACUUUAUCCAGGAGAGGCACUUCAAGAAAUUGUAACCAAACUUAAAGCUGUUCCUCGUGACUCGGCUUUGCGGUUAGAAGCCGUCAUGGACUUCAAGGACGGAGAAAUAGAACGACUUGCUUUGGAUCAGUGGCUUUUUGAGGGACCAGGAACGUACAUUCCCCGAGUUGAGGUUGAGAUAGUUGAGACGAUCGUGGCAACUAUAAUCCCUUACACACCUCACACUGCACUCAAACUCAGAGCUAAAAAAGACUGCAAGGAUAGGGAAGGUAAGAGCAGGGUGUACGGAGAAGUAUGGUUGGUCAGCAAACCAGGAGCAUAUCUGCCGGGACCUCACGAGAAAAUAGUUGGCACUCUGACAGCACACCAACUCAACAACAAGCUGGCUCUCCAUGUUGUGGCUAAGCAGACUUUUACUGAUAGAUUCAGGAAGAAGAGAAGGGCUGGAGAGGAGUGGCUGGUCACUGAAAAGGAUGCUGAGUCGUUUAUUCCUGACGUGUAUGAAGAAGUAAAAGAAUCAGUGUCAGUAACCAUACUUACUAACAGACAGUUCUGUAUUAUUCUAGAUCCAAUCGGGGCUGAUGGUAAAAACCAGUUUGGAAGCAAGAAACUCGUCAGGGGAGAAAAGGAGUUUUUCUUGCAUCCAGGCGAAACGUUAGAAAGUGGGAAAGUGCAGGAUAUCUGUAUUCUUCUAGAGGAUGAGGCUGUUGUUCUCAGGGCUAUUCUUCCAUUCACAGAUGGCGAUGUCCAAAGAACCCCAGGAGACAGAUGGAUGGUGAAAGGACCACAAGACUUUUGCCCUACAGUCGAGAUGGAGAUUGUCUCCAGAAGAAAAGCCAUGCCAUUGGAUGAAAAUGAGGGUGUUUAUAUUAGAAAUGUUAAGACUGGAAAGGUUCGUGCAGUUAUCGGAGAGACGUACAUUAACAACCAAGACGAGGAACUGUACUCCAAAGAGUUGCCGGAGCAGAUAGAGAAGCUUCUAGCAGCUGCUCAGAACCCGCUGGUUGGGAGAGAGAAACUCCGUGGUGGUGAAAGCAAAGAGGUGACCACGAAACCGAGGGAUAAGACGAGAGUUAUCGCUUAUCAGGUCCCCCACAACUCUGCUGUUCAAGUGUUCGACUACAAGAGUAAAGUUUCUAGGGUGAUAUUUGGACCUGACUUAGUCAUGCUGGGACCGGACGAACAUUUCACGCAACUCAGUUUAUCUGGAGGCCAGCCAAAACGACCCAAUGUUGUCAGGACCCUCGACCUCUCACUCGGACCAGACUUUAUGACGGAUGUAUUUACUGUGGAGACUUCUGAUCAUGCCAGACUUUCAUUGCAGCUCUGUUACAAUUGGCAAUUUGAGUUACCAGCAAGUGAUUCCCCUACUUACAAAUGUGACUCGGAAUCACUGUUCUCAGUGCCGGACUUUGUCGGAGACGCUUGUAAAUCCAUAGCUUCCAAGAUUAGAGGAGCUGUUGCAGCUGUACCUUUUGAUGACUUUCAUAAGCAUUCUGCACGAAUAAUAAACGAAUCCAUCCUGGGUAGCCAUGACUCCCUCCACUUCCCUGCAAACCGUCUGAGGAUCACAAAUAUUGACAUACAGUCGGUAGAGCCGGUAGAUCAGCGAACAAGGGACUCUCUCAUGAAGUCGGUACAACUUGCCAUUGAGAUAACAACCAACUCCCAGGAAGCCACAGCUAGGCAUGAAGCAGAAAGACUGGACCAGGAGGCGAUGGGUAGAUUAGAACGACAGAAACUUAGUGAUGAGGCUGAAGAAGAGAAAUCUCGCUUGGAACUACUUGAACUUCAAGCAAUCUCAGCCGCCGUUGAGAGUACCGGACAAGCAAUAGCAGAGGCUCAGUCCCGGGCUGAGUCAAUGAAAAUAGAGGGCGAAGCUGCGGUGGAUCAGGCCAAACUUGCAGCUGAAGCCCAAAACAUCAACGCUCGUGCUGAGCUGCACAGAAUAACAUCAGCCCGUAAAAGUGAGCUGGAGUACCUUCAGUCCACCAACGAGCUCGAGAUAUCCAAGAAACAGAAGAUGGCAGAUAUAGAGUCGACUAGGUUCCAACGUAUGGUGGAAGAAUUGGGACCAUUAAAUAUUGCUGCUAUUGCAACCUCUGGAAAAGACAACCAGGUAAAAAUGUUGGAAGCAUUAGGGCUCAAGUCUACCCUCAUCACUGAUGGAUCAACACCUCUUAACCUUUUCAACACGGCUAAAGGUCUCAUCGGGGGAACUAUUUCUACAAGUGAUGUUAAAAUUGGACUUGCGGAGUAAAUAAAAAGUGGACACAUGUGAAUAGUAUUGUAUUCGUUUUAGUUUGAUUUGAUUAACAAAUAAUUUAUGUUCGGAUGACCUUGAGCUUUAAUGGUUUCAGGUUUUAUCAUUAAAGCGGUUUUACUCUUUAAUUUCAGUGAUUAGCAUAUAUAUUGUUUGUAGCACUAUUGAAAUAGUUUUGACUGUAAAUUUCUAUAACAUUCAUUUGUCAGAAGAUUGAGACUUUUGUAACCUGUAAAACUUACAACAAUAUUAUUUGCAAAUUUCAAUUUAGUGAAUCUUUAGUUUGUUUUAGUGAAAUGUAACAGUUCAUCAAUUUAUGCAUUAUAAGUUUGUUUGAUAUAA